UCUCAGGAAAGCAAGAUGGCGGCUCGUAUCUUUUCAAGAGUGAACUUGGUUUCAAAGCGAUUUUUCGCAGCUACCGCUUCUCCAGGGGCUUCUUUGGCAGAAAAAGAACUGGCAGAGGCGAAACAUGCUGAAUCAACCAUGAAGACCUGGAAGUUGAUUUCAUAUUUUGUUGCCGUUCCUGGCAUUAUAAUCUGUACUUACAAUACGUAUCUCAAAGAGAAAGAGCACCAUGAACAUCCAAGGGCAGAGUUUAAACCGUACUCUCAUCUCAGGAUUAGGUCUAAG